AUGAACAUCUAUCCGUCUCCGUCUAUCUAUCUAUCUAUCUUCAGUAUCUAUCUAUCUAUCACUUUACUGAUGAUGUUCAGUCGAUCUGGCAUCUAUCCAUCUAUCUAUCUAUCUAUCUAUCUAUCUAUCUAUCUAUAUCUCAGUCUCGUAACGUUUGAAUCUAUCAUCUAUCUCUAUCUCAUCUAUCUAUCUAUCUAUCUAUCUAUCUCAGUCCGUAACGUUUAUCAACUGUCUCUUCGUAUCUAUCUAUCUAUCUUCUAUGAUCUAUCUAUCUAUCUAUCUAUCUAUCUCAGUCUCUCUCUUCGUAGAUCUAUCUAUCUAUCUAUCUAUCUAUUCAAGAUGAUGUUCAUCUUCUAUUUCUAUCUAUCUAUCUCAGUUGGUAAAAAAAAUACAUCAACUGUCAUAAUAAUGAUGUCGUCUAUCUAUCUGUUAAACUAUCUAUCAUCUAUCUUGAUUAAUCUAAUCGUUUAUCAACUGUCUCUUCAUCUAUCUAUUUCUUGCUAUCUAUCUAUCUAUCUAUCUAAAGGCUAUCUCAAUAAUGAGCAAGGCAAAGGCCGUCUCUAUCUACCAUCUGUCUUAUCUAGUCCAUCCAUCUCUAAUGUUUAUCAACUGUUCUUUCGUAUCUAUCUAUCUAUCUAUCUAUCUUUCUAUCCUGGUUUCUAUCAUCUCUAUCUAUCUAUCUAUCUAUCUAUCUCACAUCGAUUCAUCUAUCUAUCUAUCUCAUCCAAACCCCUGAUCUCACUUAACGACUGUCUCUUCGUAUUAUCUAUCUAUCUAUCUAUCUAUCUAUCUUAUCUAUAG